CCCGAGGCGGACAGCUGCCCGACAGACGUCCACGCCCGAGCCUGCACUGGCGAAGUUGCUGUCGAGGCAAGGGAACACAGGAAUCGCCGCUGGAAAGGUGGAAGAGUCAUCCCUCCGCCAGUUCUCCACCGGUCAUUAACUGUGGAAAAGUUGCCAGUUAGUGAAUAAAGUAAUGGUGCGGAAGGAACAACCAUGGUCAUUCGACGCCACAAGCCAAGCUUCCUGCCAUCACCUGCGAGCUGACAGACUAUCCCGCGGAAAGUCAGCGUUCAAUGUCUUCUGUUUUGCUAAGUUACAGGUUACUAAGGAAUGGUGGUUCACUGCUGGCGUUGAAGCCUUGGAUCAUUUUGAAUGCUGAAAGAAAUUGGCGAAACUGUGUUAGUGUGACAGGACCUGUUCAUAAUCCUGUAACUUCUCUCAGCGUUGCCAAGUACUCUCAACCAGGCUAGAGAGUAGAUUCUUCAAGAUUCCACAAAAUCUAGAUACAAAGUUUCCAUCUAAGGAGUGCUUCUAAACUUGGUAUCUGAAGAAAAUGAGUUUCCUCUCUGAGUGGAUGCCUUUGGCCCCACCUAGUGAUGAUGAAAUAUAUAAUCAAGAAAUUCUUAUCAAGGAAAAGGUUAAGGAAGAGAUCAAGAAAGAGAAUGAUCUGGAAAUUCAGGAAGAGAAUGAUCUGGAAAUCAAAGAAGAGCAGGAUCUAGAAAUUAAGGAAGAAAGUUUGGACUAUGAAGUGAGUGAUGCAGACCUAAAACACAACUAUCCUUCUUCUAUGGGAAGUAAGAGCAUCAGAGAAGAAGAAAAUGGAAGGAACUCAUAUAAAAUUAUAGAAGACUGUAAUGAUGCAUCAGUGACAACACCACUUGUGGCUGAUCAUUGUGAUACCAUGCAGAUAUCAGACAGGCACAAGGAAGGAGAGGAAGAGGCAGCAUACCAAAAGCCAUGUUCUCAAAGAGUUAAAACAGUGGAACAAAAUGAAGUGGAUACAAAUAAACCUCACACAUGUGAGAUAUGUUGUAAAGCAUAUGCAUCAAAAUACCGUUUACAUAACCACAUAAGAGAUAUCCAUACAAAAGAGAAACCAUAUAAGUGUGAGGCUUGCAACAAGACUUUUACAGUCAACAGGAAGCUGGUAAUACACCGGAGAAUGGAAUGUGAAUACAAGUGGUCACCGGAUAAUAACCAGACAGCUAAGGAUGGCAGUAAAGAGAUGUCUGAAAAAGAAUCUGAAGUAUGGAAAUGUUUCACUUGUGAAGUGUGUAGUAAGAAAUUCCCUUUUAAACGUGGACUAUUGGCACACAUGAGGGUUCAUACAAAGGAGAAACCUUUUAAGUGUGAGGUAUGUGCUACACCAUUUGCUCGGAAAACUGAUAUAAGUAACCACAUGAAGACACAUACAAGGGAAAGAUCUUAUGUAUGUGAUAUAUGUAGUAAAGGAUUCUCCAGGAAAUCUCAUCUUGAUGGACACAUCAGAAGAGUACAUCUAAAGGAGAGGCCUUUCAAGUGUAAGAUAUGUAAUAAAAGUUUCUUCGAGAAUUCACAUCUUAGGGAUCACAUGUUAAUUCAUACAGAAGAGGAUCCCUUUAAGUGUGAGAUUUGCCAUAAAAGUUUCUCUCAGAAAAAUAGUCUGAAGUUGCACAUGCAAAGACAUGUAGGAGUUAAGUCAUUUAUCUGUGAGGUAUGCAGCAAAGCCUUCUUGACUAAACAAACAUUAGGGAUACAUAUGAGAGUACAUACAGGGGAGAAACCCUAUACUUGUAAGGUAUGCAAUAAAACAUUUAGGGCUCUUUAUACUUUAACCAAACACAGUAGACUGCAUACUAGAGAGAAACAGAGUGUGUAAAAGGGGUUAAGGUUAAACAAAAUAUUUUUUUAUUAGACAUUUGUUCUAUUAAGAUGUAGAAGCUGGAUAUUCAAUCCCAAUAAAUCUCAUGAUAUAUGGAUCUAUUUUUUGUUUUCAAUAUUUUCUGUUCUAUAUACAGUUAUAUAUACAUA